AUGAAGAAUUCUUCUCAUCAGUUUUCCCAGAGCAAAAUUCAAGUAACCAACGCAGCCAAAGAAAUCAAUAGAGUCCGCCAAAAGUAUAGUGGUCCUAUUGGGAGAGAACGAAUCUAUGUUUGUGAAAGGAACUAUGUGUAUGCUUCCAGUGCGUUCCAAGAUGCUUGGGAACGAGGACGAGAAGGUAAAAUCUACGCAUACAGGGCUCACUUAGCGGCAAAGGCUGGCUUAAUAUGGGUGCGCCAAUGCGAAGACGAAUGGAAUAAGAGUCCAAUACAAAAGUCUCCUGUCACUUUUUAUAACACUAAUGUUAUCAAACUGUUUUCAAUUAUUCGUACUAUUAUCAACAAGUUUUACCGGGGUUAA